AUGUGGAGAAAAUUUACUGAUGAAUGCAUACCGAUACAGGAUGCUUUACCUGAUAAAGUGGAUGAACUGUAUGUUAAAAUCAUAUUCUCUUUUCUGUACUUUCUCAUAUGGAUUUCUGCAGUAUUCGGCAAUUUCAUUGUAUUAUAUAUUGUUGUUAUCAAACAGGUGUCAUUAUCAGUACGAACGAUAUUUAUUGGGAAUUUAGCAAUAAGUGAUGUGGUUGUAUCACUAACGAGUCUUCCAGUGACGGCAGUGACUAUAUUUACCAGAGAUUGGGUAUUUCCACCUGUAUUUUGCAAACUUAUUGGGAUUUUCCAGAUACUCACUUUCGAACGAACACUGUGCAUUGCAGUUAGUAUUUGGACUCUUGGAUAUACGAUGUCAUUACCUGUUGGUAUAUUUUCUGUCACCGUUACUUACUCUCCAUAUUGCGGAACAUUUUGUGAAGAAUCUUGGCCUGAUUCAACUAUUGAUGGUGGUUCUCGAAUGGAGCGCAUAUAUGGGAUAUCAGUAUUAACUUUGCAGUUUUGCUUGCCACUAAUUAUCUGCUCUUUAUGUUACUGGAAGAUAAGUCAAGUGAUAUCACGGCAAAUAGAAAAACGGAAAGAACAGCAAUUUCUCUUAAAAGAAAGUGAAAAAAGAUUACAUGACAGAAGAGCCAGAUCCAAUAGGAUGAUGGUUUGCAUGGUGUUAAGCUUUGUAUUUGCUUGGCUACCGCUCAAUUUAAUCAAUCUUUUUCGUGAUUUUUAUGGUGUUUCUUCACUUUUUUCAAUACUCUUUGCACUUUGUCAUGUUACUGCAAUGACUUCUGCUGUAUGGAAUCCUAUAAUCUACAGUUGGUUUAAUCCGCAAUUACGUAACACAAUACGAAACAUAAUCCAAAAAACCCCACACGACAUUCUUUUGCAACGACGAAGAGAAUUUUAG